GCCAGGUAUUAUGCAGUGCUUUAUAAACUCAUCUCAUUUAACCUUUAUGACAACCAUAAUCCAUUUUACAGAUAGGGAAAUGGAGGCUUGAAGAGUUUAUAAUUUCUCUAAGGCCACACAGUAGAUCAAGUAGUGGAGACAAGACUAAAAUCCAAGUCUGCUACCUUUCAAAGCCCACAUUCUUAACCACUAUAAUUACUGCCUUGCAAGAAUUAUGUCUAAAAGAAACUUAUGCCACUUUUAAAUCAAUAUGAACUUGGAAGUACUUAGAGCCCACUAUUAAUGUUAAUUGUGUUUCUUUAUAACUGAAUUCCAUGAAUUUCCCCCAUUUUAAACAAUCUAAAAGAAAGAAUCCAGUUCCAUGAGUAGAGUCCUUGCAAAUUGAAAUUUUCUGCUCUGAUUCUCCACUCUCAUUUUAAGAUUAGUGAAGUACUUUAUGAUUUUCAGAGAAGGUGUGCAGCAAUAUUUGCUUGUUUUUAGUGGGGAAAGUGUGAUCUCCUCCUUAAAAAGAUAUCUGUGUGUUGGCUUUCGGGGCAAGUUACAGUUUUCAGAAUCCAAGUGGAAUCUGACAUUGUGAAACGAUGCCAAGAGAAAAGCAAGGAAAACGAAAAACUAAAGGAGCACCCCUGCCCAUUGUUUCCACUCUUCAAAAGUUCCUGAAAACAUACGAGAAGCAUUGUGUACAGACUCAGACGUCUGUGUGUCCAGCCAUCAAAAGGGACUUGAAAGCCAGCAUCAACCAUGAACGGAUUCUCAGGAAGUUUGUACUGGUAAGACCUGAUGACUCCCCGCCAGGCAUCCUACCAAUUUCCUUGGAACCUUUGCUCAUGACUGUUCGAGAUGAGUGUUACAUGCUGGGGAGAGAGAUCUGCAUCUGGGGCUUUCAGUUGAGCAACCCAGAGAUCGCCAGACUUGCUUUGCUUCUAGAAUCGAAGGGACACACCCCCUGCCCGUUUACCACCCUGGAACUCAUUGACUGCAAGAUGGAUCCAUGGUCUCUGGGGAGACUUGGGCAGGCUUUGCAUCUCAGCAGUCUGCAUGUUCUCGUCCUCGACUACUGCAAAUUUACACAUGAAGAAAUUGAGAGUAUUUUCUCAGGCCUGGAGAACAACCAAAGGCUUCAAAGACUCAGUCUGCGCUACUGUGGUCUGGGGCCACAGAAUGGACCGAGGCUGGGCUCCAUCAUAUGCCACAGUGCCAUUCGUGAGCUGCACCUCGGUGGCAAUUACUUGCAAUGUACUGGAGUUCUGGGUCUCCUCAGACCCCUGGCAGAGUAUGCAGAGAUGCAGGGGAAAGAUCAACUGGUCACUUCCUCACCAGACACCAGGAACCCCCCUCAGCUGCUCCAAGCCAGACAGAGAGGAAGUUCAACUUUGAACCAGAUUACAGAGUCACCCAGGGCUGUAACAGUGAAAACUACCUCAGGGAAGAAGAGAAAAAAAGGAAUCAAGAAAAAAACUAAAGAUUUGAUUGAAACUGGUCCUUGGUUAGUGAAGCUGUAUUUGGCAGAUAAUGGUAUAGAUGGAAAGGGAAAAGAAGGAGAAAAUGACUUGUUGGAAUUCACUCAAAUAUUAACAUGCCUGAUCAAAUACUCUGCCCACUUAAAGGAGAUUGACCUUGGAAACAAUGUCCUGGGAGAAAAGGCUGCUGUUGACCUACUUGAAGCACUGAGAGCCAGAAAGACAGGUAAACUGCCAGUCUUAAAAAUUACAGUCACUCCCCAGAUCUCUUCAGACACCUUCAAAUCUAUUUGGAAAAACAGCAAGAAAUCUAGUAUUACUCAUAAAAAGAAGAAAAAGGCUAAAAACUGAAUACGAAUAUCAUAUAUCCAUAUGGAUUCUAUUUCCAUGGACAACUAGAUGUGCCUGGAAAAAUAUUGCUUGUACUAUAAUAAUAUUUUUCACUGUAACCAAGCCCCUUUCAAGUUCUAAAAUUUGAUAAGACUCUUUUAUGAAAGUUCAGACUAGUGUUAGUCUUAUCAUGCUUGUCAUUUUCUAAAAUGUGGGUUUC